AUGGGCCAACCGUUUACCUACCACGAGGUUCAAACUGACUCCGAUAUUGAGGAUUCAUUUCGGAUGAAAAGGAGAUCGAAUCGAAGUUCAGAUCGUCGAUGUUGGGCAGCACUCUUCGUGUUCUUACUCGGAAUAACAACUCUCAAUGCUAUAGCAGUCUGGAAGCUAUGGGAUCUUAGCAAAACCACAGCUUCUCACACACAUAUGGCAUCACACACUCACUCUCCUUCCACCCUUCAUUCAUCCGUACCGUCAUCCACGGAACCCGAACCGAUAACAAAUUGUGGCAAGUCGCGGACAGAAGCCAUCUCUCGCGGUUGUGUCCUUGAUAUCAUGGCUGGGGCGUGGCUGCCAAAAAUAUGUUACGAUGAAGAGCUUGCGCUAGAUGUUCUUUCAAACUCGACAGACCUAGCGAAGAUUGGAGGAGCUGGGCCUCUCCCUUGGUGGGAAGACCAUAAUCAUACCAUUCCUAUCGCUGCCGAUUCGCUGAAAGAUCUUGAUUCACUGGUUGCAAAUACCUGGGAGCCAUACCACUCUGCGCACUGCUUGUACAAUUGGCGCAUAUUAACCAAAGCAACGAAGCGCGUGAGGUGGGGAGAAAAAGGAGUAUAUAUCCAUACGCAGGCUAUUAAUUUCAACCAUGUUAAUCACUGUAACGAAGCCCUUAUUACCCAACCACCAGGGCUAGGGAGAAAGACGCAGGUUGAAUUUGGGCUUGGGACAUGUGUUCGCUUGGAUAAGGAUUGA